UCGCCAUGCCAGGGUGUCUCGCGAUGUCAGGUAGCAUUUUUUCUUGUAGGAGUUGUGGUUGUGAGAACUGUGGGGUUAUUUGUUGUAGUUACGUGACAGAUAGUGAUAGUGUGUGCCGCAGUUGAUUAGGAACAGAAGCUCGCAAAUCCCUUAAUCAACGGAAUAUUAGUCGACGUCGAACAAGAAACAAAAAUGCCUGCUGAUGCCAGAACUAUUCCCUGCCAUUCUCUCAUCCACGAUUUUACUACACCCCCCCCCCCCACGCCCACAGAAGCGACCAGCAGCACCAUGUGGGCGGUCGUGGGCGCCAGUCUGAGCGUGGCGGUGCUCAUCGCCGUGGUGGCGGUGUGGGCGAUGCAGAGGUUCCGCCACAGACUGAGGGCCGGGAAGCAGAUGGAGGGACUCAGGCUCGUCAUCAGUAAAUCGCCGUACGACCCAGGGCAACAGGUGCUUGUUCCGACGCAGGUGGGAUGGCGGCGGGAUAGCGUGGCCGACGGGAUGCUGGCGGUGCUGGAGAGUGCCAGGAGGUCCAAGUCAGCGGAGUGCCUACCGCUUGAGGUCGAGUCAGCCUCCCGUCGGGUUGAGGAGCUGAAGGCCAGUAAGAAGUUCUCGUCGACGACUUCACUCAACAUCGACAUCUACGAUGAGGAAGCAACACAGGAGAACUCGCAGGCAGAUUUCAACGUCAAACGCAACCCAUACGUAGAAUUCACCUUACUAUGGGUAUCGAGCAACUCCACCUUCACCGUAUACGUUCUGCGGUUAACGAACCUGCCCCCGAAAUAUGUUGGUUGUAGCUGUUCUGUGAUUGUGAGGUUGGUUCGUCCGAAAGUUACAGUGAGCAAGACAUCCAUCAGACUACAAAACGUUGGCCUGAACCCCGAAUACUCCCAGGUGUUUACUUUUCCAGACGUGAGCCUUCAAGACCUCCAACUUAGCGAUCUCAAGUUCGAGGUCAUAGCGAGGAGGAGCGGUCAUCUGCUUAACAAGCCCGUGGCUGAGCUCCUCGUGCCCGUGAGUAAGGUCAACCUCGUGGCGGAUAAACCAGUCACAGCCUUGGAGCCUCUGUGUCUGCGGAAAAAGGACUCAGCAUACAGCACGAACGGGAGAAGGCCCUCGGACGCGAACUGGGGCGAAAUCCAGGUCUUGGCCCAGUACAAGGAGACCGGGAGCUCUCAGGGGAGGGUCAAGAUCGUCGUCCUGAAGGCGCAGAGCACGGUGGUCGGGGCCAAGAAUUCGGGCGAAUACCACGUAGAAGUGAUCAUGAGGAGAGGUGAGGAGACGCUGGUUGUCAACACGACGAAGGCAGCGCUCGGCCUCAAGCCUGUGUGGAACGCCCCCUUUAUCUUCGAUGUGUCGCAGGAGAAGAUAAACGAACACUGGAUAGAACUCAACCUGAUACGGCUGGGAUGGACCAAGCGGAAGGUCACUCUCGGCCAGGCCUUCCUCGGUCUGGGCACGACUCCAAGGGGCUCGCAGCACUGGCAGAGUAUCGCCGAGUGCCCGGGCCGAGAGGUGACCCUGUGGCACCCUGUGGUUCAAGAGGAGUGAGGGAAGAAGGGGUGGAGGGAGGAAGCAGGAAGGAAGGGGGCGGAGGAGGGAACGGAGGGAA